AUGCAGUCAAUCAUCACACGGGCAGGGAAGCAGGGUCCUCCCCUCAUUAUGCAGUCACCGCAUCGGGGUGCUUCUCAAGGGAACCAGCUCCUGCGCAUACGCCCGGCGAGGCGAGGAGAUCCUCCGCAUUGGGAUGCAAGGCGAACCGAAGGUCCACUCCUCGUCAGGGGGUAUAAAAGGGGGGAGGAAUCGACACUGGGCAUCCAACAGGGUUCCCUCAAUCGGUUGAUCAGUGCAGUUGCUCUCAGUUGCAAGGCACUUACUCCAGUCAUGAAGGCUUUCCUGGUCCUGUGUGCAUUGGUGGGCAUCAGUCUGGGAGACGUGGGGUACCCAUACGUCCCGUACGUACCCUACCUCCAGAAUGUGUACCACACCCAGCCCGCGUAUCAUUACCUUCGCUCCCCAAACUUCGCCUACAAGGUGGACUCGUACGCCUUCGACCACGGCUACUACAGACACGCACCGGUUACCUACAAUCCCUACGUCUACCAUGGGGCCUACGUCCAGGCUGCACCUGCCUACGCUUCCUCUCAAUACCGAUCAGAGGGUCCAUUCGGAGAAGGAGCCUUCGGCUACACGACCCACGACCAAACCCACAAUGCCGUCCGAGAUGCUUACGGUCGAGUUUCCGGGUCAUACUCGUACUUGAGCCCAGAGGGCAAACCCCUCGUGUUCGACUACAAGGCAGACGAACACGGAUUCCGAGUGAGCUCGAACGCCCUGCCCAAGGCACCGGAGGUCCCCGACGCACCCGCCCUCGAACAACCCAAGCAAGUGGACUACACCGACGAAGUGAAGGCAGCCCGAGAGGCCCACUUCAAGGCAGUGGAAGAGGCCAAGGCCAAGACUGGCCACCGGAGGAAGCGAAGCGUCGGAUACGUCUCCUACGCCGCACCCUACGUGACUCCCUAUGCCUACCCAGCCGUCCCCCGAGCAUACUAUGCCUUCCCGUACACCUUCCCCCAUUACUCUCCGCUCGUGGUCAGAUCCUACGUCGCCAAAAAGGAGGAGGAGGAGCCGGCAAAGGUGGAGAAAGACGACGACAAGGACAAAAGCAAUGACGACGAUAACAGCAAACCUGAAGAGUCCAAGGAGGAGAAUGAUGGCUACCCCGCAAACACCUACCCCCUGCGCACCUACAAGGUGACCACCAUCAAGCACAAGCCACUGUUGUACAGGGCUUAUACCCCUCAUGUCGUGACCUAUGGCUACCACUGAAUGAUGCAACGGAAAAGGACUGCACAUGCUGCACGGAGAGAAACUCAACUGUGAUCAGGAUUCCCGUAAUUUGGAUGAUAACCGACCAAAUUGCAACAGAGUUAAACUCGCUACAUGAAUGCAGAUAUGCAAAAAAUUUUCUUCUAGGCAAAAGACAUGUGAUGGAUCUCUGGUCCAUGAUCCUCUCAAGAAGGCAAUGGGUUUCUCCUGGUUUUGUUCGUUUCUCUCGCUUUCAUUCUCGCUUUCUUGUGUUCCUCGUCCCUUGUCUGUGCCGUCCCGUCUGCGUUCUUGUUUCCCUUUAUAGAGCAAUUAUCCUCGUUCGUUCAUUCCAAUGUGUACUUGAGCAUUAACCUGAAUUCACCGAGGAGUCAGACAAUAAAGACGAAGGUGAUUCAAAA